CAGUAAUGCUCUCUCUCUCUCUCUCUCUCUCUAGCUACCUUCCCCUUCGUGGCUACAUGAACUAGAGUUUCGGAAGAGUGGUUUACCUUCGAUUUUGUUUCGUGAUCGAAUUUUCAGUGAAUAAGCUUUUAGUGUAACAUACAAAGUCUUGGCACCAUACUUUCUAAGGGGAGUGAGGCAGGUGGUGGUUCUGGUCUUGAUCUGCAACGAUGUAUCAGGCCGUUCCCACGGCGACGACUACUCGUGGUGGAACUCCAACAGAGAGUGCUGAUUACGUUGUGACUUUGGAUCAGAUUCCUAAGUGGAGUGAUGUUGAGCAGAGGUCAUCAUCUCUGGAAGGUGAAGCAGGAGAUUCAUCGCAUUCUAAUCCGCGGUACGCGAAUCCUUUGGCUUCUUCGUCUUCUGAAGCAGGAGGCAGUGGUAAUGGGAUGGUUUCUAAGUUUCCUGUUGAUCACGAGAUUAACUCCAAGAUUUACCUCUGGAGAGGGGAGCCGUGGAACCUCGAGGUUGAUGCUGUUGUGAAUUCCACAAAUGAGAACUUGGAUGAGGCGCAUAGCAGUCCUGGUUUACAUGCUGCUGCUGGACCUGGCCUUGCUGAACAGUGUGCUACAUUGGGUGGAUGCCGGACAGGGAUGGCCAAAGUAACAAACGCCUAUGAUCUACCUGCGAGGAGGGUUAUUCAUACAGUAGGACCCAAGUAUGCAGUAAAGUAUCAUACAGCUGCUGAGAACGCUCUUAGUCACUGCUAUAGAUCUUGUCUGGAGCUUCUCAUAGAUAAUGGGCUUCAAAGUAUUGCUAUGGACUGUAUAUACACAGAAGCCAAAAACUAUCCCCGAGAACCAGCUGCUCAUGUUGCCAUAAGAACUGUCCGUCGCUUUCUAGAGAAGCAGAAAGAUAAAAUCAGUGCCGUUGUUUUCUGUACCACCACAACCUCUGAUACAGAGAUAUACAAAAGAUUACUUCCACUUUACUUUCCUCGAGAUGAGCACGAAGAGGAGGUUGCCAUCUCAAAGCUCCCUGCUGAUGUUGGUGAUGAAAAUGGUGAAACCGUUAUAGACGAACGUAAAAUCAGAAUACAGGCGUUGCCAAAUAAACCUCCAGUCAGGUCUUUUCCAGCUCUAGUUGAGCGCUCUUCCACUGAUCUUGCUUUGGUACGAAGGAACUCGAAUCAUCUUGAUACAUAUUUGGAUCCAGCCUUCAUGUCUUUGAUUAAAGAUCCAGAUGAAAGGCGCAAAGAACAGUGGGAGAAGACUGCACAGGCACAGAGUGGAUUCAAUUUUGUUAAACUGCUAGGAUUUGGUGAUCUGGGGGGACCUCCUCUCUCUCCUGCAGAGGAAUACUCACUUCAUUCACGAUACUUAGCAAAAGCUAACUCUCUCAACCUUUCAGAGAUUGCAGAGAUGAAAAUUGUCUACCGUGGUGGUGUUGACACAGAGGGUCAUCCUGUAAUGGUUGUUGUAGGAGCUCACUUUUUACUGCGAUGUCUUGAUCUUGAGCGUUUUGUACUUUAUGUUGUAAAGGAAUUUGAACCUUUGAUACAAAAGCCAUACUCAAUUGUCUAUUUCCAUUCUGCAGCAUCUUUACAAGUGCAACCAGAUUUAGGAUGGAUGAAAAGAUUAGAACAGAUACUUGGUCGCAAACACCAGCGUAACCUUCAGGCAAUAUAUGUUCUUCAUCCAACUUUCCACUUGAAGGCAACAAUCGUAGCAAUGCAAUUGUUCGUUGAUAAUGUGGUUUGGAAGAAAGUUGUAUAUGCGGACAGACUUCUGCAGCUGUUCAAAUAUGUUCCUCGUGAGCAGCUAACAAUCCCAGACUUUGUUUUCCAGCAUGAUCUUGAAGUAAACGGAGGAAAAGGUCUAAUCGUUGACCCAAGAACCAAGUAUGUCUAUCAACGGCCAUGAAAUCAAAACCUCAUCCCACAGUCUUCAAAAAUAUCAUCAAGACGGUUACUUUUCAAUUGUAUGCGUUGCUGUUUUUUGUGCAAUAUUUGUUUAUUCUUUCAUGUUUGAUCUUAAGACUUUUAGCUACCCUUUUUGUGUUGAUACUGGGAGCAAAAUAAAGCAUUCUCUUAGCUUUCAAUGUAAUCUAAUGUUUGAAUCUUGUUAAUAGUUUAUAGCCAAAGACUUCUGUUUUGCC